AUACUCCUUACCUCUUCGAGACUCCCCUCCUCAAUCUCGUUCAACAUCCGCGCCCCAACAACCGAAGCGACAGCAGCCCUCUGCAUUGCGGAUUCGCGGGUUCUCUUCCUCAACAAUUGUUUUCCGAGUCGCGCCGCAUCGUCCAAACCUUAGUACCCCUCCUUCCACGACACCACAGCCAGACAGACAGAAUGACGCCGCCGUGUCAAAGCUUCAAAGCAAAGGCUUUGCCCACCCACGUACAAGUCGGUCCCGAUCAGCGUGUUCGCAAGACGGAAGACGGUGGUCGACGACGAAUUGAUCUACUUCGGGAUUGCGAGCUCUUUGGUCUGUUGCAGUAUGACUGCCAGGUGCGCGACCCGGAGUUGAGGGAGAGCCAGAUUGAGUGUUGGCCGGUGCAGCGCUUGUUUCGCAGAUGCCAGGACAAAAAUGGGCCUUUUACGGUCGAGACAACGGCUUGGGAGGGCACCGCGGCUGCGGCUGCGGCAGAAACGACAUCGUCAUCGUUAGCAUCAGCAACCAAAGCGACAUCGCCCAGCAACAAAAGCUCAUUGGCCGAGCAGGAGCAGCAGCAGCAGAUCGAUCAUCGCACAUGGGGCAGGGAGGACGACAAGGAGGAUAGAUGGUGGAACAGAAAGUGAUGUCUUAUUCUGAUACCCAUUCUUUUACAAUUUCUAGUCUUGUGUCCAACAAGGAGGAUCCCGUUCUUGAUCUCCAGUUGCUUUGCAUUGAAUCAUCCCGUCGUGUC